AUGAAAGACAUAACAUCUAUUAGAAGGCAAUCCCCGGGGAAUUCCUAUCGAUUUUCGAUGGACAACAAUCCAUCUUUCUCGCUUCUCCUAAUCAAUUGCGAGGGUUUCUUCGGGCAUGAGAACGCAAGUGCCGAAAUCCAACAAAAUGUCCGAACGUCCGAGGACGAAAGAGAAAAUGUUCCGCGGGGAACUCGUUUCAUGUCGGCCUAUUCGUGCCGCUUAGACGUCGGCCAUGAAAUCCAUCACUAUACUGAGCAGAUCACGGGCAUUCACAUCUCGGUCAAACAGAACUGUGCGCGAUUCUCUCGUGAAUCGCCUUCCGCAAGGUAUGGCAUUCAGGGUUUGAACCCGGAGAGAAAUCUUUCUUAA